UCAUAGCAGUCCCAGCCAAGCCCAGGAGCAAGAGUGAGAGAGAGAGAGUGAGAGAGAGAGAGAGAAACAGGAAAAGUUUCCCAAAUGGAUUUCUUUGGAGGAGUCAGACCUUUAUUAUUUUCUUAUGUACUCAUUAACGGUAUACUGAUCACAUUGCAGUCUAAAGAGGAGGUUCUAUUGGAUAUGAGGGCAACAGAAGGUGAACUGGGCUGGCUGACAUGGCCCUUAGGCCAGGGAGACAAACCCGGGUGGGAGGUCGUCCAGAGGGCUCUGAACGGCUCCCAGCUUUAUACCUACUCCAUCUGCAAUGUUGGGGAACGUGAGCAGGACAAUUGGCUGCGCACCACCUUCAUCCAGAGGCGCCCAUCGGCUUCACGGGUUUUUGUUGAAAUCCAGUUUAUUGUGCGUGACUGCAACUCUUUCGACGGUGCCUCACUGACCUGCAAAGAAACCUUCAACCUCUUCACAUCUGAGUCGGAUGCAGAUGUGGGCACUACCUUCCGGAAGGGCCAGUUUAAGAAAGUGGCCACCAUUGCUCCCGAUGAGAUCACUGGCAAAAACGAACUACGCAUCAACACAGAGACGAAAGUGGUGGAAAACCUGUCUCGAAAAGGCUUCUACUUGGCUUUUCAAGACAUUGGAGCCUGCGUUGCUCUCCUCUCUGUCAGAGUCUACUACAAAACUUGUGCAUCCACAGUGAAGAGCCUUGCGACAUUCCCUGAGACCGUGGCAGGAGGUGAAAACCCGGCUCUUAAGGAAGUGAGCGGGGUCUGUGUGGAUAACGCAGUCAGUGAGGAGCUGCCUCGCAUCUACUGCACCGUGGAUGGGGAGUGGGUGGUGCCAGUUGGACAGUGUCAGUGCAGACCAGGCUAUGAAGAGAUCAAAAAUACGUGUCAAGAAUGUCAGCCUGGCUUCUUCAAAGCCGAUGCUCUCAGUGACAAGUGUGAACAGUGUCCUACCAAUACCCAGAGGCUUGACUCCGGGGCUUUGUUCUGUCCCUGCAAGGAUGGAUUCUACAGAGCCCCAACCGAUCCCCCUACUGGACCCUGCUCAGGUGUUCCCUCUGCCCCGCGGGACCUCGUGGCCACCACCACCCAGCUCUCAGCAGGAAAACUCCUCCUCUCUUGGAGUCCACCAGAAGACACCGGAGGGCGAACUGACGUCACCUACAGCGUUGAAUGCCAGCGCUGCGACGGCAUACUGUGCCAGCCCUGCGGAGAGAAAAUCCGCUAUGAGCCCACCAACGUGGGCCUGACUGACACCAAGGUUUCAGUGAGCGAGCUGGAUGCUCACCUCAACUACACCUUCACCGUGGAGGCACACAGUGGCGUGACGCUGUCCGCCAGUCAGCCACCAUCAACCAGCGCCCUGACUACAUUUCUGCACUACACAGAUCCUCCCAAGUUAACCUCUAUGAGACUGGUUGAUAGGACCCCCACCAGCUUGUCCCUCUCCUGGGACGUAUCACCCCGGCCACGGAUCCAGCCUCAGCCCAUCCGCUAUGAACUGACCUAUCGCAAGAAGGGUGACAACCUGGAUGUGACUACCUACGUCGUGCACAUGCUGGAGAAGAACUCUGUACAGAUCAGCGAACUGGCCCCCGGCACAGCAUACCUGUUCAGGGUGCAGGCCCUCAGCAGCGACGGCAGCGCCGGAGCCUCCAGCAUCGAGGAACAGUUUGAGACCUCCUCUGAAGCAGGACACCCUAACCCGAACACAGCAGUGGUUUUGGCUGCAGCAGUUGGAGGAGCGGCCAUGUUGUUCAUAGUGGUCGUGGUCCUGUUCCUACGCAGACGGAAAAGAAACUCUCACACCAGACAAGGACCAGAGGACACCUACUUCUCCAGCUCAGAGCAAUUGAAGCCUCUGAAGACCUACGUGGAUCCACACACAUACGAGGACCCCAACAUAGCCGUGCUGAAGUUUGCUACUGAAAUCCAACCCAGCCACAUAACCAAACAGAAAGUCAUUGGAGCUGGGGAGUUUGGAGAGGUGUACCGUGGUAUUCUGAAGGUGCCGGGGAGGAAAGAGGUGGCGGUGGCUAUCAAGACCCUGAAGCCGGGCUACACGGAGAAGCAGAGGCAGGACUUUCUGAGCGAGGCCUCCAUCAUGGGACAGUUUUCCCACCAGAACAUUAUUCGAUUGGAGGGGGUGGUCACCAAAUGUAAGGAUUUCUUUAAACAUGCCAUGAUCGUGACUGAAUACAUGGAGAAUGGAGCACUGGACAGGUACCUGAAAGACCACGAUGGCGAGAUUUCCUCCUUCCAGCUUGUGGGCAUGCUACGUGGCAUUGCUGCAGGCAUGAAGUACCUCUCUGACAUGAGCUACGUCCACCGGGACCUGGCUGCCCGCAACAUCCUCGUCAACAACACCCUGGAGUGUAAAGUGUCAGACUUCGGCCUGUCCCGUGUGCUGGAGGACGACCCUGAGGGGACGUACACCACAAGUGGAGGCAAGAUCCCCAUUCGCUGGACUGCUCCAGAGGCAAUAGCGUACAGGAAGUUCACCUCAGCUAGUGAUGUGUGGAGCUUUGGCAUUGUCAUGUGGGAGGUCAUGGCUUUUGGCGAACGGCCUUACUGGGACAUGAGUAACCAUGAGGUCAUGAAAGCUAUCAACGAGGCCUUUAGGCUGCCGGCGCCUAUGGACUGCCCCUCAGCCGUUUACCAGCUGAUGCUGCAGUGUUGGCUGCAGGACCGCUCCAAGAGGCCACGUUUCGGAGACAUUGUCAGCCUGCUGGACAAGCUGCUGCGGAGCCCAGACUCCCUGAAGACCAUCGCGGACUUUGACCCACGUGUAUCCAUCCGCCUGCCCAGCACCAGCGGUUCGGACGGCUCCCCCUUCAGGUCGGUGUCUGAAUGGCUGGAGUCCAUCAAGAUGAACCAGUACAGUGAGAACUUCACGUGCGCUGGGAUUGUCACCAUGGACCAGGUCCUCCAGAUGAAGAACGAGGAUAUUAAGAACAUCGGGGUGAGGCUUCCUGGCCAUUUGAAGAGAAUUGCCUACAGCAUAUUGGGUUUAAAGGACCAGACGAGCACCCUGAGCGUGUUUGCAGUGUGAUCGUGUCGGCGAAGGGAAUUAAAAUCGGGCACUGAAGCAGGCAGCCCUUUGAACUCUAAGCUGAGCUGGAGCGACUCUGCAGGGACGGCGCUGGAUCGGCAAAACCGAGGAUAUCAGCCCAUCCUCUGGGGCCGACUGAAUCAGACUGAUUUUAUGAUUUCUUCAUCUUGUCCACAUGGGAAUGGAGCAAAUUAUACAACGGCAGUAGAUGACUCGAUUAGACUCUGUAUAUUUAGAUAUCUAUUUUUAUUACCCAUGUCUUCUGUACAGAUACAAUUCAGUGCAAAUGAAUUUAUUAUUUUUUCAAUCAUCAAUCCAGUUGAUGGGAACAGCCUCAGCUACAGGACUAGACCCUGAGCUCGUUCCCUCCAGUGUCUAACAAACAAGGGAAGCGCAGUCAGUGUGAUAAUAGGGGUGCAGUGGAAUCCAGCCCCGGCUCAGUCUGUGGUCAGUGCUGAUGUCAUGGCGUCUCCCUUUAAUUGGCCCUUUUUGGUCCCUUUCCCGUUGGACCAAUGCGGACGGAGCGCCAGGAGGGCUGCGAAUGAGCUUGAGUUGGCCCAGAUUUAAAGAGACGGUGUCGUUAGGUGUGUGAACACAGACCGACCUGGUGUUGUUUCUGGACCUUCUACUGGCUCUGUGCAGAAAUUAAGCUAUAAUCACGCUAUAAUCAUAUAAGUGGUGUUAGAAUAUAUAUGAGGUACUCUUUUUGUACAGAUUCACUGUUUCCUUUUUUCUUUGUGUUUGGGUAAACACCCCCAAAAAAAAACAUUGCGAUUAUGAACUUAUAAUGUAGCACUUGGAUCAAGAAUUUCAUGAUCUCUUUUCUUUUUGUCUCAGAAUUGCAAGAAAAAUGACAAAAAAACUCCUGAACUACAGGAAUGGUAUCAAAAGCUGUUUUCAGACAUGAACUCCAGAGAAUGUCCUCACAAUGGGGUGCAGACUUUCUCCGGAGUUUGACUUUUAAACAUGAUCAACGCAGCAGGAGGUUCUCGGCUCAGACGUGCUCACUACAACACAGGAACUCUGGAGGUGAGGGCUGGUGCAGCAGGUGGCAGGAGGUAACGUCGGAAAUCACGUGUUUUUGUUCACAACACAUCAACACCGACGUCGUCUCUUAUAACCAAAAACUCUUGACCUCUUUGUCGGCGUCUUCUGCGUGCCACCGCUUAUCCUGAGAUAUUUGUAUUCUUUUUGUUUUUCAUUUUUGCAUCUGUCGCGUGCUAGAAACGUCAUCAACCCCCCACUCGCUCAUGGUGAAUCCUCCUGAGGAUCUCCUGCUGUUUUCUCACAUCGGGUUUUUCAGACAUUAUCCAAAGGUUUUACUAGGGGGCUGGCAGGAGAAACUUCUCACAUACAGCCCCUCCAGCGAAUGUCCGGAGAUUAUCAGGAGUUCAGUGCUUGUCUGAGAGCAGCUGAAGUGCGAAAUUCAACAAGUUUCAAUUAGAGUGCAGCACAUGUGUUGGCAUGCCGGUAAUGAAGAGGCAGAUGGGGAAGUUUACCUCCAGUAUAAAAAGAAAAAAAAAAUCACAAUGAGUUUUGUUGUGGUUGAAAUGAUUUCAUACUUAAUAAUAGUUUGGUUUUGCAAUUUCAAUGUUAAUGUUUUAGAAGCUUCUCAUCUUUUCUGGUGAGUGGAUGAAACUAAACAGAAAUUGUCUCUAUAAGCUUUGACAAUAAAGCAUUUUGACUUGUUUGUAGACAUUUGAAGACAUUUUGAGGAGUGUGUGUGGGAGCAGGAGUCUGCUCCCACACACAACUCAACCCCCCCUCCCCCCCUUCUCUUAAUUGAUGACUGCAAAUCGUUGUGUUACUGAUGUGCACCUUCCUUUACUUGAAUUUUUAAUUUGUUUUCAAUUGUAUCUUUGAUUCUAUUGUAGCUGAUAGACCCAUCUUCGGAAAAGGGAUUUUGUUUUCUGCUUUACUGGUUGCAAUUACACUUUGUACAUUUUGUAUGAUUUCACUAUUUGCCAUAUAACCAAACUGAAUAUUUUUUUAUGUUGUUCCCAUCACCUUCCUCCAAAGAGAUGUCUCUUACUUCUGCUGUCUUUCCAAACAUUUUGAGAGUUCCCUCAUCAAAGAGCAAACUUUUUUUUUUUUCCCCUGUUGUUUUAUACUGUAUUUAAUAGUCUAUUUAUUUUUUACUUUUAUUUAUUUAUCCUGAUAAACACUGAGCUGGGAUUAUAACUGAAGGUUGCUCUCUCUCUCAUUCUUAAUAAUAAUAAUAAUAAUUAAAAAAAAAUCUUAAAUGUCCAUUUAUUGCGGAGUUAUUCACCUGACAUUGCCUUUGGUGCAUUUGUUGAGCAAUAAAGCCUUACAUGAAA